AUGGAGGAGAAACAGCAGAUUAUAUUGGCUAGUCAAGAUGGUGGGACAGUGGCAGGAGCAGGACCUACCUUCUUUGUCAUCCUAAAACAGGCAGGAAAUGGCAAAACAGAUCAAGGAAUUUUGGUUACUAAUAGGGAUGCUUGUGCUUUGGCUACCAGUGUGUCAUCCCCAGGAAAAUCUACAGGGAAGAUUUGCCUGCCAGCUGAUUGUACUGAGGGAGGAAUCACUGUCACCUUGGAUAACAAUAGUAUGUGGAAUGAAUUCUAUCAUCGAAGCACAGAGAUGAUUCUGACCAAGCAGGGAAGACGCAUGUUUCCUUACUGUCGUUAUUGGAUCACAGGUUUAGACUCAAAUAAGAAGUAUAUCCUUGUCAUGGAUAUAUCUCCUGUGGAUAACCAUCGUUAUAAGUGGAACGGUCGCUGGUGGGAACCCAGUGGGAAAGCAGAGCCUCAUGUUUUAGGGAGGGUUUUUAUUCAUCCAGAAUCACCAUCCACAGGCCAUUAUUGGAUGCACCAACCAGUAUCUUUCUAUAAACUGAAACUUACCAACAAUACACUGGACCAAGAAGGGCAUAUUAUCUUGCACUCUAUGCAUCGAUACCUGCCAAGGCUUCAUUUGGUACCUGCAGAAAAGGCUACUGAAGUGAUACAGUUAAAUGGCCCUGGUGUCCACACAUUUACCUUCCCACAGACUGAAUUCUUUGCAGUAACAGCUUAUCAGAACAUACAGAUUACUCAGCUGAAAAUAGAUUACAAUCCAUUUGCUAAAGGCUUCAGGGAUGAUGGGCUGAAUAGUAAGCCCCAGAGAGAUGGAAAGCAAAAAAACAGCUCUGACCAAGAAGGUAAUAGUGUUCCCAGUUCUCCUGGUCAACGGGCCCGUCUCACAGAAGGUGAAGGGUCAGAGAUACAGCUUACUGAUUCAGAUCCUUUAUCUAGGGGUCAUGAGACAUCAGGCAAGGGUUUGGAGAAGCCUUUCCUUAAUAUAAAUCAAGACUUUAUUGGUUUCAUGGAUAUUGAUUCAUCACUUGAGGAAGUUACUCAGUUUAAACAAGAGGUCUCUGAAAGACAUGUUGCCAACAAUUUUGAAGAUGGUACCCAUGUAGCAUCACCAGUAGACCCAAAUAGAAACUUCAAUGUUGUCAUUAAAGAGGAACCUCUAGAUGAUUACGACUAUGACCUUGGUGAGUUUCCAGAAGGGGUCACUGUGAAACAAGAAGAGACGGAUGAGGAAACAGAUGUAUACUCAAACAGUGAUGAUGAUCCUAUACUAGAGAAACAGCUAAAGAGGCACAAUAAAAUUGAUAACCUAGAAGUUGACCAUCUGUCUUCUAAAUGGCUACCAAAUAGCCCAUCAGGUGUUGCUAAAGCUAAAACGUUCAAAUUAGACGCUGGAAAGAUGCCAGUAGUUUGUCUGGAGCCCUGUGCCGUCACCAAAAACACAGUGAAGAUUUCUGAGCUCCCUGAUAACAUGCUUUCUACAUCUCGGAAGGAUAAAUCUAUGUUGACAGAAUUAGACUAUUUGCCUACAUACAGUGAAAAUUCCAAUGAGGCUGGCUUCUGUUUAGACAAGGAAUCAGAAAAUGAUCUAAGAAAAUAUUCACCAGAUCUCAGAGUGGUACAAAAAUAUCCUUUACUUAAAGAGCCUCAAUGGAAAUAUCCUGAUAUUUCUGACUGCAUGAAUACAGAAAGAAUACUUGACAGUUCAAAGAGUCCAGCUGGGGACUCAAUUUUAGCAAAAGAGGACUUGGGCAGAAAGAAAACAACUAUGCUUAAGAUUUCUGCAGCUUCCAAAACCAUGAAUACUAAUCAGAAUGCUCCUACAAAUGUCAGUGGUAAAAGAGGAAGGCCACGAAAAUUGAAACUCUCUAAGGCAGGACGACCACCUAAAAACACGGGAAAAUCUUUAACUUCUACAAAGAGCAUUCCUAUGGGCCCUGGGAGUACCUUUCCAGAAGUGAAGCCUGAUCUGGAAGAUGUGGAUGGUGUUCUCUUUGUUUCCUUUGAAUCAAAGGAAGCUCUAGACAUUCAUGCAGUUGAUGGGACAACAGAAGAGCCCUGUAAUCUUCAGGCAUCAACCACAAAUGACCCAGGUUGUAGAGCAAGAAUUUCCCAGUUGGAAAAAGAAUUGAUAGAAGAUUUGAAAGCCUUGAGGCAUAAGCAAGUGAUACAUCCUGGUCUUCAAGAAGUGGGCUUGAAAUUGAAUUCAGUGGAUCCUACAAUGAGUAUUGAUCUUAAAUACUUGGGAGUACAGCUACCUUUGGCUCCAGCCACUAGCUUUCCUUUCUGGAACCUUACAGGAACCAACCCUGCUUCUCCUGAUGCUGGAUUUCCCUUUGUAUCUAGAACAGGAAAGACCAAUGACUUCACCAAGAUAAAGGGAUGGAGGGGAAAGUUUCAUGGAGCUUCUGCAUCUAGGAAUGAAGGUGGAAAUUCAGAAGGUCCACUGAAAAACCGUUCUGCUUUCUGCAGUGAUAAGCUGGAUGAAUACUUGGAAAACGAAGGCAAGCUGAUGGAAACAAGCAUGGGUUUCUCUUCUAAUGCUCCCACAUCUCCUGUCGUAUACCAGCUUCCUACUAAGAGUACAAGCUACGUACGAACACUUGAUAGUGUACUAAAGAAGCAAUCAACCCCUUCCCCUUCCACUUCUUAUUCUCUAAAGCCUCAUUCUGUAUCACCUGCAUCUCGAAAGGCAAAGUCUCAAAACAAACAGGCAACUUGCAGUGGACGAAACAAAUCAUCUUAUAAAUCCAUUUUGCCACACCCUGCUUCACUAAAGCAGAAGCACACUCAUACUGUUUCAGGAGAUAAGGUUAGCAAGAAUUCUUCAGGCACCAUCUCAGAAAAUCAGGAGAAUAACUUUGUUGUGCCAACUUUAGAUGAAAAUACAUUCCCAAAGCAAAUUAAUUUGCGGCAGGCACACCACCAGCAGCAGCAGCAACAGGGAACUCGCCCUCCAGGCUUGUCUAAAUCUCAAAUGAAGCUAAUGGACCUGGAAGACUGUGCACUUUGGGAAGGAAAACCAAGGACCUAUAUCACCGAAGAGCGAGCAGAUGUAUCUUUAACAACUCUGCUUACAGCUCAAGCAUCUCUCAAAACUAAACCCAUCCACACAAUCAUAAGGAAGCGGGCACCUCCAUGCAACAAUGAUUUUUGUCGAUUGGGUUGCAUAUGUUCCAGUCUAGCUUUGGAGAAGCGCCAGCCUGCUCACUGCCGCCGACCAGACUGCAUGUUUGGCUGCACUUGUUUGAAAAGAAAAGUUGUACUUGUAAAAGGGGGAUCCAAAACUAAGCAUUUGCAGAGGAAGACUGCUCAUCAUGAUACAGUAUGUUAUGAUACUUUGGGAGAUGAGCAAAGGGAAGAAGUGGAGGGAGUCAAAGAGGAGGAAGAACAAUUAAAAGAGAAAAAGAAGAGAAAGAAGCUGGAAUACACUAUAUGUGAAACAGAGCCUGAACAGCCUGUUCGACAUUAUCCAUUAUGGGUGAAGGUAGAAGGUGAAGUAGAUCCAGAACCAGUUUAUAUCCCAACGCCUUCUGUCAUUGAGCCUACGAAACCAUUGUUGUUGCCUCAGCCAGAAGUUUCAUCUACUACUGUGAAGGGCAAACUGCUCACUGGAAUUAAACCUGCACGGACAUAUACUCCCAAACCUAAUCCUGUGAUUCGGGAAGAAGACAAGGAUCCCGUCUACUUGUACUUUGAAAGUAUGAUGACUUGUGCCCGAGUUCGAGUUUAUGAACGAAAAAAAGAGGAACAGAGACAGCCGUCACCAUCCCCAUCCCCAUCAUUUCUGCAGCUCAGCUCAUGUCAUUCUAGUCCUGAGAACUGUAGUGCAAAGGAGCCCGAUGCUGAACAACAGCCCUCGAAACCAAUUACCUGUGACCUCGAGGAUGAUUCUGAUAAAUCACAAGAAAAGAGCUGGAAGUCUUCCUGCAAUGAAGGGGAAUCCUCUUCUACUUCCUAUGUGCAUCAGAGGUCACCUGGUGGUCCCACCAAACUGAUAGAAAUCAUCUCAGACUGCAACUGGGAGGAGGAUCGGAACAAGAUAUUGAGCAUCUUAUCCCAGCACAUCAAUAGCAACAUGCCACAGUCACUUAAGGUGGGCAGCUUCAUCAUUGAGUUGGCUUCUCAGCGAAAGAGCCGGGGUGAGAAGAGCCCCCCUGUUUAUUCUUCUCGUGUGAAAAUCUCUAUGCCAUCAUGUCAAGACCAAGAUGAUAUGGCUGAGAAAUCUGGAUCAGAGACUCCUGAUGGUCCAUUAUCCCCUGGGAAAAUGGAUGAUCUCUCUCCUGUGCAGACAGAUGCCCUGGAUUCAGUGAGGGAGAGAUUACAUGGAGGCAAAGGUCUGCCCUUUUAUGCAGGGCUUUCUCCUGCAGGGAAACUUGUGGCCUAUAAACGUAAACCCAGUUCAAGCACAUCUGGGCUUAUCCAGGUUAAUGGUAAGAGUUACCCGCAGGCUAAGUUGCUAUUGGGACAGAUGGGGGCAUUGCAUCCAGCCAAUAGGCUAGCUGCUUAUAUCACAGGCAGGUUGCGACCCUCAGUCCUGGACCUCUCAACCCUCAGUACUGUCAUCUCCAAGGUAGCAUCCAAUGCCAAGGUGGCUGCAUCCAGGAAACCACGUACCCUGUUGCCUUCAACAUCCAAUUCCAAAAUGGCAUCCUCCUCUGGCACUGCAACAAAUCACCCUGGGAAGAAUCUGAAGGCAUUUGUCCCGGCAAAAAGGCCAAUUGCGGCACGACCCUCUCCUGGUGGUGUGUUCACACAGUUUGUGAUGAGUAAAGUUGGAGCCCUGCAGCAGAAGAUACCUGGAGUUAGCACACCCCAACCCCUGACAGGGCCACAGAAGUUCAGUAUCAGACCUUCUCCAGUAAUGGUCGUCACACCUGUGGUUUCUUCUGAGGUGUGCAGCUCUGUGACUGCUGCUGUCACUACCACCACCCCUCAAGUGUUUUUAGAGAAUGUUACUGCUGUGACACCUAAGACUGCUAUGUCUGACAUGGGAACUAAAGAAACUACUUGUCCUUCUGGUGCCACCACUGCGGGUGUUGUUGAGGUCUCUGAAACUAAUACCAGCACCCCUGUAACAUCUACCCAAUCUACAGGCACUGUGAACCUUAUCAAAACAACUGGGAUAACUACCCCUGUGGCUUCAGUUGCUUUUCCUAAGUCUUUGGUGGCAUCUCCUCCAACCAUAACUCUUCCUGUUACUUCCACUGCUUCCACCUCCAUAGUCGUGGUGACCACAGCUACAUCUUCCUCCGUGGUGACCACACCAACUUCAUCCCUUGGCUCUGUUCCCAUUAUACUCUCAGGAAUUGAUGGGAGUCCACCAGUGAGCCAGAGACCAGAAAAUGCCCCUCAAAUUUCAGUGGCUACUCCACAGGUUUCUCCUAACGCAGUGAAACGUGCUGGACCUCGAUUGUUGUUGAUUCCAGUGCAACAGGGUUCUCCUAAUCUUAGACCUGUCUCAAACACACAACUUCCAGGACACCGGAUGGUCUUGCAGCCUAUUAGGAGCCCAAGUGGAAUGAACCUAUUCAGACACCCUAAUGGGCAGAUUGUUCAGCUCCUCCCUUUGCAUCAGCUUCGAAGCUCUAAUACCCAGCCCAACUUACAGCCUGUCAUGUUUCGUAACCCAGGGUCUGUGGUGGGAAUCCGGUUACCUACUCCUUCUAAGCCUUCAGAGACUCCACCAACUACUGCUUCAUCUUCUGGUUUUUCUGUUAUGAGUCCUGUAAUCCAAGCUGUUGGGUCUUCUCCAGCAGUGAAUGUCAUCACUCAGGCAUCAUCAUUGCUUUCUUCUGGACCUAGUUUUGUAUCUCAGUCUGGUACAUUGACCCUGAGGAUUUCCCCCCCUGAGCCACAAAGCUCAGCAAAUAAGACAGGCUCUGAAACCAAAAUAACUUGUAGCUCAGGAGGGCAGCCUGUUGGUACAGCCAGCCUCGUUCCUCUCCAGUCUGGUAGUUUUGCCUUGUUGCAGCUCCCAGGACAAAAGCCUGUUCCAAGCUCCAUUCUUCAACAUGUUGCUUCUCUUCAGAUGAAGAAAGAAUCCCAGAAUGCAGACCAGAAAGAUGGAACAUGUGUUUUAAAAAGAGAGCAGGAAACUAAGAAAUUGAAGGACCUACAGUCGGACGGAGAGGCUGUAGACUCUGAGGCUAAUGAUGUAAAGCAAAACUCAAGAGCUACUGUCUUAGAAGAAACUCUGAAUGAUUCCUUGGAGGAUGGGGGUAAUCAUUUAGAUGAAGAAUCCCUUAUAGAAGAAGGUCCUGCAACUGAUAAACCUUCUAGGCACUCCUAUAAAACUAUGUCACUCACAAGUGAAGACUAUAAAGAUACUGCUGAAAGUGGGGUUAGGAAUCAUAAUAGUUCUAAAGAAAAACGGACUCUAGAAGUUAAGACCAUUUCUGAAAGAGCCAGUAAUAUAGUCCAAAGUAUAAGUAAUGUGCAGUUUAAAAAACUGGGUAAUGUGAAAGUGGAACAGCAGACAGGAUCAGACAGUUCAGAGGAGAAAUCAAAUAAAUUUCCAGUUAUCUCGAAGGAAGACUGUAAACUUGAAUUAUCAGGGAGCAUAGUUGUGGAGAAGCAUCAAUCUAAUCCACAGUCAGAGGCCCAGGAGAAGGGGAAUGGAGACUUUCUAAUGGACAGUCUUAGGGAGAGAUGGAGAAAACACUUGAAGGGCCCAUUGACCCAGAAAUGUAUUAGAACUUCACAAGAAUGCAAGAAAGAGGCAGAUGAGCAGUUAAUUAAAGAAACAAAGACUUAUCAGGAAAAUUUAGAUGUGUUUCAACAAGAACAAUGUGUCUCUGAUUUACUUGGAAAAAGUGAAACUACUGAGAAUACCAGAAUUUUCAAAACUGAAUGUGAUUCUUGGAGUAGGAUUUCUAGUCCUGCAACCUUUGCUAUUAUUCCUAGAAAAGCUACAAAAGGGAGCCGAGGGGAAGGACAUUUUCAAGAUCAUGUACGGCUGUCAAGAGAACAGUUACAACCAAAACAAGAGAAGAAGGGUGGGAGAAACAGUGCUGACUUCAGUGUCUGGAAUUUGGAAGAAGAUGACGAGGAAGAUGAGAAUGAGAAAACCGAUGAUUCUAUUGAUGAGAUUGUGGAUGUUGUUUCUGACUACCAGAGUGAGGAGGUUGAUGAUGUAGAAAAGGAUAACUGUGUAGAAUUCAUUGAGGAUGAGGAGGAGCAGGUGGACAUUGAGACUGUGGAAGAGCUCUCUGAGGAAAUUAAUGUUGACCACAUGAAGACCACAGCUGCCCACACACAGACUUUUAAACAGACGUGCCGUACCCAUAUGUCUGCAGACGAAAAAGCUGCUGAAAGAAGUCGAAAGGCUUCACAAUUUAAUGUAAAACUGAAGCCUGAACACUGGAAUGAAAAAUUACAAAAAGAAGCAGAAGCUUUUGCUUAUUAUCGCCGGACACACACUGCCAAUGAGCGGCGCCGGCGUGGUGAAAUGAGGGAUCUCUUUGAGAAAUUGAAGACCACAUUGGGAUUACUUCACUCUUCCAAGGUUUCCAAAAGUCUCAUUCUUACUAGGGCAUUCAGCGAAAUUCAAGGACUAACAGAUCAAGCUGACAAGUUGAUAGGACAAAAAAAUCUCCUGACUCGAAAACGAAAUAUUUUGAUACGGAAAGUAUCAUCUCUUUCAGGUAAGACAGAAGAAGUGGUCCUGAAGAAGCUAGAAUAUAUUUAUGCAAAACAGCAAGCACUAGAGGCACAAAAAAGAAAAAAGAAGAUGGGAUCAGAUGAGUUUGAUGUGUCUCCCAGAACUAGCAAACAGCAGGAAGGAUCUUCUGCAUCAUCUGUAGAUCUUGGACAGAUGUUUAUAAAUAACAGGAAGGGGAAACCUUUGAUUCUUUCCAGAAAAAGAGACCAGGCCACAGAAAAUACCUCGCCCUCUAACACUCCACAAACCUCUGCCAACAUCGUGAUGACUCCACAAGGGCAAUUGCUCACCUUAAAAGGUCCCCUAUUUUCAGGACCAGUGGUAACUGUUUCUCCUGCUCUAUUAGAAGCAGAUCUGAAGACUCAACUUGCCAGAAGUGCUGUGGCUCAAUCAGAAAAUGAUGACUUAUUUAUGAUGCCAAGAAUUGUUAAUGUGACAUCACUGGCCACAGAGGGUGGUUUGGUAGAUACGAGUGGCAGCAAAUAUUCUCAUGAAGUUCCUGAUGGCAAGUCACCUGACCACCUGAAAAAGACUGUCAGGAAUGAAGAUAACUCCUUUGAAGAUUCAGGUAGAAUCUCUUCCAGAGGCAAUCAUAGAGGUGGCAGACUGGCAGUGGGUCCAACACAGGGUUUUCUAGCAAAUAAAGAUUCUGGUUUUCCACAAACGGUUGAUAUUGCCAGUGUGCAAGAAGCACAAGAUUUCUUACCCAAAAGGAUUUCUGGUAAUACGAGAGGGAUUCAGUAUAAAUGGAAAGAGAGUGGAUCAAGACGGGAGAGACUGAAGCCAAAGGAGUCUUCAUUUCAUAAAUUAAAAAUGAAAGAUCUGAAAGACUCAAGCAUAGAGAUGGAACUAAGAAAGGCAGCAUCAGCUAUUGAGGAAGCAGCACUGGAUCCCAGUGAACUGCUAACUAACAUGGAAGAUGAGGAUGACACUGAUGAGACACUGACUUCUCUGCUCAACGAGAUUGCCUUUCUUAAUCAGCAACUAAAUGAUGACUCUGUUAGCCUGGCGGAACUGCCCAGCUCUAUGGAUACAGAAUUCCCAGGGGAUGCUAGACAGGCUUUCAUCAGUAAGCAUCCUCCUGGGAACAGAGCAAGUUUCCAGAUUGGCCACUUGGGAACUGGUGUGAAAGAGUUGCCUGAUGUACAAGGAGAGAGUGACUCUGCCAGUCCCCUUCUCUUGCACUUGGAAGAUGAUGACUUUUCAGAGAAUGAAAAACAAAUUGUAGAACCAGCCUCUGAGCCAGAUGUCCUUAAGAUUGUUAUUGACUCUGAGAUAAAGGAUUCCCCUCGUCCCCAAAGAAAAGUCAGUGAUGGAGGGAAGAGUACUUCUGGUAUCCCUGCAGAGUCUGAAAAUAUUUCCUCACCCCCCAUUCUACGCAUGAAAGCUGGCCUAGAGAACAACGUUACAGACACUUUGUGGAGGCCUAUGCCAAAGUUGGCACCUCUGGGGUUAAAAGUAGCUAAUCCUUCCAGUGAUGCAGAUUGUCAGAGUCUCAAGGUGAUGCCUAGUUUGGCACCUGUAGCCAAAGUUGGGUCAGUUGGACAUAAAAUAAACUUAAUAGGGAAUGACCAGGAAAGCCGGGAGAGCAAGGUGAUGCCUACAUUGGCACCUGUUGCGGUCAAAUUGGGCAACUCGGGGGCCUCAUCAAGUUCUGCAGGGAAAUGA